CAUGAACCGGAAGAGGAAGAGUUUCACCGGAACUGAUGUCUUCUCUCUUUCCGGUCAGGUCUCCGUGGUGGUGUGAGCGUGGAUUUCAUCUUCAUCAAGACUCACUGAAUCAACAAACAUGAGCGUCCCAGCGUUUAUAGACAUUACGGAAGAAGACCAGGCUUCAGAGCUGAGAGCCUACCUGAAAGCCAAAGGGGCUGAGAUAUCAGAGGAGAACUCUGAAGGUGGUCUUCAUGUAGAUCUGGCUCAGAUCAUCGAGGCAUGUGAUGUAUGCCUCAAGGACGAUGAUAAAGAUGUGGAGAGUGUGAUGAACAGCAUCGUGUCUCUGUUGUUGAUCCUGGAGACGGAGAAGCAGGAGGCUCUCAUUGAAAGUCUAUGUGAGAAGCUGUUGAAGUCCCGUGAAGGAGAGAGACCCUCCCUCAGGAUGCAGCUACUCAGUAACCUGUUCCAUGGCAUGGAUGAGAACACUACAGUGAGGUACACGGUCUUCUGUGGCCUCAUCAAGGUGGCUGGGACUUGUAAUGCCAUCGCCUUCAUCCCCACUGACCUCGAUCAGGUGCGCAAGUGGAUUAUCGACUGGAACCUUACCACAGAGAAGAAGCACACACUCUUGAGGCUGGUGUAUGAAGCAUUGGUUGACUGCAAAAAAAGCGAGGCUGCAGCAAAAGUGAUGGUUGAGCUGCUGGGAAGUUACACAGAAGACAAUGCUUCACAAGCACGUGUUGAUGCCCACAGAUGUAUCGUCCAGGCUCUCAAAAACCCCAACACCUUCCUGAUUGACCACCUGCUCACCCUGAAACCUGUUCGCUUCCUGGAGGGAGAACUCAUCCAUGACCUGUUAACAAUCUUCGUGAGUGGGAAACUAAUCGCAUACGUAAAGUUUUACCAGAGUAACAAAGACUUCAUUGACUCUCUUGGCCUGUCUCACGAGCAAAACAUGUCCAAGAUGCGUCUGCUGACAUUCAUGGGCAUGGCUGUGGAAUUCAAGGAGAUCUCCUUCGACACCAUGCAACAGGAGCUGCAGAUCGGAGCCGAUGACGUCGAGGCUUUUGUCAUCGCGGUACAAGCACUUCAUCUCAUUAAUCCCUGCUCGGUUCGGACGAAGAUGGUGUACUGCAUUGACCAGACACAGCGAAAAGUUGUUGUGAGCCACAGUACACACCGCACCUUUGGCAAGCAGCAGUGGCAGCAGCUGCACGACAGCCUCAGCUCCUGGAAGGCCAACCUAGCAGCCGUCAAGACCAGUCUGCAAGCCCUGUCACCUUCUGCUUAAUUCCACCUUAACCCAACUGUCUAGACUGCCUGGCCCUCUAUUCUUUUCUGCUUUCCAAAUCCCCAGACUGAAUUGAUCAGUUUUUUUAUUAAUCCAAUAAAACAACAAUGGAUAUAA